AAACAAGUCACGAAGCGGCAACCAUCUCCGAGUUUUAUCAGCAAGAUGAGCGGACGCAUAGGAGACCUCAGCCCUGCACAGACAGAUGUACUAGCACAAUUUCGGGGGAGAGUUGGAGACAUACUUCCACAACUUCCGAAUCAGAGCGACCACUACCUGCUCCGAUGGCUCAGAGCCAGGAGUUUCAAUGUGGAGAAGGCUGAAGUCAUGCUCAGAAAGCAUUUAGAGUUCCGGAAGCACAUGAAGGCCGAUACAAUUGUUGAUGACUGGAAACCGCCAGAGGUGAUAGAGAAGUAUGUGUCCGGCGGGAUGUGCGGUUAUGACCGAGAGGGAAGCCCGAUCUGGUACGACGUGAUUGGUCCCCUGGAUCCCAAAGGCCUCCUGAUGUCUGCCAGCAAACAGGACUUCCUCAAGACCAAGAUCAGAGACACAGAACUCUUACGGAGAGAAUGCGAGAGACAGUCGCAGAAGCUUGGGAAGAAUGUGGAAACUAUCACUCUGAUCUAUGACUGUGAGGGCCUGGGUAUGAAGCAUUUGUGGAAGCCUGCAGUGGAGGCCUACGGAGAGAUUCUAACCAUGUUUGAGGAGAAUUACCCCGAGGGGCUGAAAAGGCUGUUUUUGAUUAAGGCCCCUAAACUCUUUCCCAUCGCUUACAACUUGGUCAAGCAUUUCUUGUGUGAGGAAACCCGCCAAAAGAUCAUUGUACUUGGAGCGAACUGGAAAGACGUCUUGAGAAAGUACAUAGACCCAGAGCAGCUGCCUGUGGUUUAUGGCGGCACACUGACGGAUCCCGACGGAGAUCCACGCUGUAGAACCAUGAUCAAAUACGGCGGUGUUGUGCCGAGGUCUUACUACGUUCAGGACUCAAUCAAAGUCCAGUACGACAAAACCGUCACCAUCAGCCGUGGCUCCUCCCACCAGCUGGAGUACGAGAUCCUCAUCCCGAACAGCCUGCUACGGUGGCAGUUUGCCAGUGAUGGGGCUGACAUUGGCUUUGGGAUCUUUAUGAAGACCAAGACGGAUGGGAAACAGAUAGUUGUGUUGCCCAGUGAGCGUUACAAUGCCCAUCUUGUGCCAGAGGUCGGCUCUUACACCUGUCACGAGCCAGGCACCUAUAUUGUGCGUUUUGACAACACAUACAGUGUGAUUCAGUCGAAGAAGAUCAGCUUCACUGUGGAAGUCAUCUUACCUGAGGGACAUGCACCUACACAGCGGAGUAGGCGCGAGGCUAGCAUGGAGUAAAACAGCUAGCUGCCUCAAGACAUGUUUGAAUUAGGAUGACAAUUGCUUUUCUCAGAACUCACUACAUAAAUGAGUGUCUUGCUAAUGAUCCAGUAGAGGAACAUUUUAGCUGUUACAUCCCUAAGUUUCGUGAAUAACUGUUUUUGUAAUUGACUGUUGCUUUGAAAAUUCAUCCUUUUGAAUCCAGUAAGGAUUUUUGCAUAAUUGUGGAAUAAACAGUACUAAUUACAGGAUCUGAAAAGGACAAAAAAUAUGUUAAUGUUUGAAGUUAGGAAUAUGUCCACUGGCAGAGACUAAUCUCAUUAGUUCAUUACUGUGAAAUAGCAUUAUAUAAGAAAACAUGAAAAUCAUGAUAGCAUUAUUUUUCUACUCACCUAAAACUGAAAUGUUUAUUACAGUAAUUCUUUUCUAUUAAUUUUAGACGGAUAUUUAUUUAAUAUAUUUGUAACUUCUGUGAUUUUACAGGUAAUAUUUUUCAUUGCAUUACAUUACGUAAUGAUUUGUUGUAAUCGUUUUGCGUUUUCAAUUAAAAUUCAUUUUCUGUGGA